ACUCAGCGGUAUUAAAAUGAGUAUGUUGACUUUCUGAACUGUCACUCGCCACCUGUAUUUUUAGAUCACUCCCCUCGGGCGUGUACUCGUCAACGCCAAAGCUCACCACACGGCGCAGGAAACGUUUACACACAACCAACGACCCACACGUGAACUUCAGAACUCUUUGCCCUCAACAGUCGCUAGCUAAGCUAAGUUAGCUUCACACUAGGUCACAGAAAAAGGUGGAAAGACAGCUCAUUAAAGUCAGCUAGACAACAAACAAGACUGACCUGUGAUCACCAUCACCACGAAAAUACCACUAGCUAGCUAGCUGACUGUAUUUUUACAGACAGUUCCUUCCAAAUAUCAGUGACCUUGUGUGAACCCACUGCCAUGUCUGCCGCCGUCGUCAUGGACCCCCCCGCCGGAGUCGGGCUCCUCCAGUCCUACGGCACCGAGGACCGCUCCGCCUCCCUGGAGGACAUCACCGCCUCAGAGUCCGCCGCCAAUAGUGAGUCGUCAGAAGAGGAGCGGGAGGAGGAAGUGAGGGCCAUUCCCGCUGACCCCGCCCCCAUCACCAGCGCGAGCCCCGCCCCCAUCGCCAGCGAGACCCCCGCCAGCGCAGGAGACACGCGGACGCAGCCAGGCACUGUUCCCCGGCCGGCCUCCCUGUCCCUGGCCUCCUCAGACGAGCUCAAGCUGUGGACCUCCAGGCGCGACGGGGAGGUGAAGCUACGGGUGUCCGAAUCGGGCCCUGCCUCCGAGCCCCCCAUCACCGUGCACCAGAUGUUCACCUCCACGGUGGAGCGGUACGGGGCGUACCCCGCGCUGGGCUGGAAGGAGGGGGACCAGUGGAAGACGCUCAACUACAAGGACUACUACCAGCAGUGCAGGACAGCUGCCAAGGGCUUCCUCAAGCUGGGUCUGGAGCGGUAUCACGGCGUGGGAAUCCUGGGCUUCAACUCCGCCGAGUGGUUCAUCGCCGACAUCGCCGCCAUCCUGGCUGGCGGGUUCGCGGUGGGCAUCUACACCACCAACUCCGCGGAGGCCUGCCAGUACGUGGCGGAAAACUGCCAGGCCAACAUCCUGGUGGUGGAGAACCACAAGCAGCUGCAGAAGAUCCUACAGGUCCAAGACAAGCUGCCUCACUUGAAAGCCAUAAUCCAGUACAAAGAUGAACUGAAAGAAAAGAGACCGAACCUGUUCACGUGGGCGGAGUUUAUGGAGCUGGGUCAGGAGGUUUCUGAUUCCCAGCUGGAUGACAUCAUCUCCAGCCAAAAGCCCAACCAGUGCUGCACCCUGAUCUACACCUCCGGCACCACCGGCCAACCCAAGGGCGUGAUGCUCAGCCAUGACAACUUGACCUGGACGGCCUUCGGAGCCGGACGCCACGUGCGCCUGACGGAGGCCAGCGUGUUGCAGGAGGUGGUGGUGAGCUACCUGCCGCUCAGCCACAUCGCCGCGCAGAUGAUCGACAUCUGGCUCAUCAUGAAGGUCGGGGGCGUGUCCUACUUCGCACAGCCGGACGCGCUGAAGGGCUCUCUGGCGAACACGCUGAGGGAGAUCCGGCCCACGGCCUUCAUGGGCGUGCCGCGGGUGUGGGAGAAGAUGCAGGAGAAGAUGAAGUCCGUCGGGGCCAAAUCCUCCGCCGUGCGCCGCAAGGUGGCGGCCUGGGCCAAGGACGUGGGCCUCAGCACCAACCUCAGCCGGAUGCAGCGGAACGGGGAGACCACAGACAGGGAGCCCCUGAACUACCGGCUGGCGAGGAAGCUGGUGUUCCGCAAGGUGCGCAAGGCGCUGGGCCUGGACCGCUGCUCCAAGUGCUACACGGGCGCCGCCCCCAUCACCAAGGAUACGCUGGAGUUCUUCCUCAGCCUGGACGUCCCCGUCUACGAGCUCUACGGCAUGAGCGAGAGCACCGGCCCCCACACCGUGUCCCUGCCCGACGCCUUCCGCCUCACCAGCUGUGGGAAGGUGAUCCCUGGUUGUGAGACGAAGAUCUUCCGUCCGGACGAGGAGGGGAACGGGGAGAUCUGCUUCUGGGGCCGCCACGUCUUCAUGGGGUACCUCAACUCGGCCGACAAGACGGAGGAGGCGCUGGACUCCGACGGCUGGCUGCACUCCGGCGACCUGGGCAAGCACGACGAGCAGGACUUCCUGUUCAUCACCGGGCGCAUCAAGGAGCUGAUCAUCACCGCCGGAGGAGAGAACAUCCCACCAGUGCCCAUCGAGGACGAGGUGAAGGCGGCCGUGCCGCUGAUCAGUAACGCCAUGCUCAUCGGGGACAAGAGGAAGUUCCUCACCAUGCUGCUCACCAUCAAGUCCCAGGUGAACGAGGACUCGGGUGCCCCGGAGGACGAGCUGACGGAGGAGGCGGUGGCGCUGUGCCAGCGGCUGGGCAGCAGUGCCACGCGCGUUUCGGAGAUCGCCGGCGGACGGGACCGCGCCGUCCACGCCGCCAUCCAGGAGGGCAUCAACCGCGUCAACGAGCACGCCACCUCCAACGCCCAGCGCAUUCAGAAGUGGACCGUGCUGGACAGAGACUUCUCCAUCCUCGGAGGGGAGCUGGGCCCCACGAUGAAGCUGAAGAGGCCAGUGGUGAUGAAGAUGUACAAAGAGCAGAUUGAGAAUUUCUACAAAGAAGUGGCGACCCCCACCACCCCUGACAACCCCCUGCCCCCCAAAUAAGAUUCUGACAAUAGCAUCUCCGCCCCCUUUCAGAAGAGAGGGGCAAAGAGCAAGCAUCGCAGUGAAGAAGGACACACACACACACACACAAACACGCUCAUAUGCACACACACACGUACCUCACACACAUAUGCACACACACACCUCACACACACACACAAACACGCUCAUAUGCACACACACACAUAUGCACACACACACCUCACACACACACACACACACACACACACACACACACAAAUAUACCCACACACACACACACAGGUAUACACACACACCUCACACACUCACACACACACAAACACAAGCACACACACGCAUGCAUGCCCACACACAAAAACACGUACACACACAGGCAAGGCUACUUUGUUCGAACAACUCACCACAAUCUUUGUGCAGUUCCCGUUUCAAGUUUAACUAUUUCCCUGGGAUCUUUCUGCUAAAUUGUAAAUCGAUUAUUUUUUAUUUUUGUUUACACUUGCUGGCGUCAUAAAAACAGUUAGUAAGCGCAUCCAUGGAAUAAGUAAAUCAUCUGUUUGUAAAGACACUGCUAUAAGCUAACUAUUAUUGUGAUGAAGUACAAUAACAUCUAAUGGGGCAUUGUAACUGUGCCGUGUUUUUUUCACGUGAGUGCUUUAAAAUACGAAAAUACAGCUCAAGGGUUGAUCUUAAAUAAUGGUAUUGGAGGACCUAAGUAGAGUAAUUGUUUUGUUUGUUUAUUGUUAUUAUUUUUGUGACAUUUAUUUAUUUUUCAUUUGCCAAAGUUUGAGUGUCCCCAAAGUAUGUUGUGCACUCGGAGUGAAGAUUCACCUCAGAAAACUAAAGAUUUUAAACCAGCAAAGAUUUUAAAACAAAUGUGGCUUUGACAGAAUGAUUUUUGUCAAAGUGGAAUACAGAGGACGAACAGGUCAGGAGUCAUUCUACAGGGAAAAAUGUAAAACAUAUCAUUGUGUUAUUUAUUGAUGUGGGACGUUAGCUUUGUUUUGUGUUGGUCUGGUUUCAGUGUAGCGUGUUACCUGGAUGAAAGCUGGGAAAAAAAAGCCUGUGUAACUCAUCCGAACGUUGCCGUGUGCAAUGUAGAGCUGCCCUUUUGCACUGUGAAGCCCUUGGGCUUCUGGGAAAUGAAGUUUUAUCUGAAGACUGACACUUGCACUCUAUUGGAAGGAGCAUGAGCAGAUCUGCUUUCUGGUCCAUUAGCACUGAAACCACACCCCCAGAUAUUCAAGCCAUAAUACUUCAGUUUCAUGCGUUUUGCGAACAAUGAAUUCUGUGUAUUUAGUUUUUUUUUGUGUCUGUUAUGAUUUGGCUGUCAUCUUAAUGUUUUGAAAAGUUAAUUUUGGGUGUAAAAUUGCUGGGGAACCCAUUUUUUUGUGUGUGACGUUGUAAAUAUAUUUUAUAUACAGUUCCUCUCUGUGGUCUUAUUUUGACCCCAUUGUGUAGCAUCCGGUGUUUGUGAAGUGUAAGGUUCUCGAGUGUUUGUGGGUCUGAGAGACUCAGCGCUAAACGCCGCCUUGACCUUAAAUGGCUGUUUCUGCAUGAAAUGUCCAGCGCGUUACACACAAAGACAGAGCCCUCUGCUUCUCUCUGUUCAAUUUUACCCGUAAAUUAUAUUAUCGGUGGAUGACUUUGACGAUAUGGGAAAUGUAAUUUAUGGAGUUUAAAUUAUCUCCGGUUUUUGUAUGUAUUUGACAGUGCGUAAAAGACGACGUUCUGCUGUAAGUUUAUUAAGAACCUAGAGUGGAAGGCAGUGCACCUGGGGACGUAAAACCUAAUCUAUCUUGCACUGAUUUUCCUCUCAAAUUACCUGAGAGGAGAUGAGCCGAAUGUUUAUAUCGUUGUCUUCGUGCUUUUACAUUUACCUGCGUUUUUUGGUGGUAUUCUGUGUGAGGAUAUUGAUCUAGUUUUUUCAUGGUUUGAUAUGUAGCACCGGUUUAUAAACGGGAAGCUUCAGGGGUUUCAACCUUCCAAUAUUUCUGACGGAAUGCAUGGCCUUGGUUUUAUUUUGAAGUUGAUUUGGAAUCCCCCACCCCACCCCACCCUACCCUCAACUUGCUUUCAGGGUUUAAAUUCAGGGGGAUAGUAGCAUUUUGACCAUGGGUAGGCUAUAUGACAAAAUACUUGAAUUAAACAAAAAAAAAAUUUUUUUUUUAAACCUGCCGUAGAUUAUUAUGCUGUCCAAAGAAUCCAUUGGCAUGUCACAUUAUGUAGCCUGUUAAAUCUUUCGUCCUACAGACCUAUAUACAUCUCUCACAUGGAAAUGACCAAAUAUAGUUAUGGGAGAACAAUUCUUCGUGCAACCUAAAAUGGGCGGCAUUACCAAGUGCUACGAGCGAAUAACUGAUAUCAGCCAACAAUUCGGUCCCGCUGUGGAACGUUUUGAUUGGCUCAAAGAAGUCAGUGAUUGACAGUUUAUUGUUGCUUCAUCCAUUGUUGCGUUCGCGAAAGCUGACUCUCCCGGUGUUACGGAAUGUGCUUUCAGCGAGCAUUUCUACGUACAGUACAGGGCAGAUUAACUGUGGCGUGAGUACGAGACAGUCUGGUAUCCGAGCAGGAAAGGUUUUUAGGAGGAGAAACUAGAAUUAUUUUUUCCCCCAGUGUCCAGCCUGUGGCAUGAGGGAAUCGCAAUUGGCAUGCAGCGUUUUACGCAAGCCUUGAAAUGUACGAAUUAACAAACUCCUUUUUCUUUUUUUUAAGGAGAAAUGAUGGUGAAACCAUGUCAUGUUCUUUUUUUCCUGCCAUCUCUUGGAAAGUUUGCGGCAGGUGGUGUUGAAACGGAAAUAUUUCAAUUUCAGCCGUUGCGAAAAACUGCUUUGAAACAACGAAACCGCCGUGGCCUCGCGGGUGACCAUUUUCAAAUCCGUUCGUUUGAGGCGGCCAUCGUAAUUCGGCCUCGCGGCAACUCAAUACAGUAACGUAGGCUGAUUGUGCUCGGCACUGCCACGUGUUGGUAGUCUUGUUUUUUCCCCCAUUUGCAAUAUGUGAUCUUGUUUACAUAUCGAGUUCUAAAGAAAUGUGACCUGGAUCAGUGUUCCCCAAACAUGUCCCCUGCUGCAGGUGGAACACAUCAAAUACCUGGAUUCGGCUGGGGGAACCAGAGGACAGGUGUGGGAACCACUGACCUCAAUGGGUUGAAGGCACACCUGAACUUGAGAGCAAUGCUGGUUUUACCUGACUCUGAACCUUUUGAGUUUUGAAGACUUUUGUCACUAUGUUUAGUGAGAGAGGUUUUCUCAUGCAUCACCCUCUUUGUCUAUAAUUAAUGUGCAGGCCUGUUUCAAAAGGGUAAGGAGAAGGGAGAUGAUUGUGUCUAUCUAUGGUGUGUGCUCAAAUGAGAAAAUAAAUGCAUAUUACCCAACUGA